GUGUUAGCAUGGAACAGAAUGGGUAGGUGGAUAUGGAAGAUACGUGUUGCAGGGGUUUUUGUUUUGGAAAGCGAGACCAAGAGAGAGGAGGCGGAGAUGGGCAGGCACAGACAGAUGAUGAGGUGGACUUGCAGCAUAGUACGACAGGGAGCGAGGGGGGGAACUCAUCAGGCGAAACCCCUCCCUCCAAACGCAAGGGCAAGUUCUCCAGCUUCGGCAAUAUGUUCAAGCCCUGGAAGUGGAGGAAGAAGAAGAGCAGUGAGACGUUUCUGGAAACCUCAAUAGUGUUGGAGAGGAAGAUCUCAGUAAGAAGACCUCGUCAGGAGCUGAUUGACAGGGGAGUGCUGAAAGAACUUCCAGAGGAUGAGAGCAACGAUGUGAACCACUCCAAAGUUCCGGGGGUGAAGAAUGGCCAGCCAGUAUCCAUGGACGUUGAGCGGGUCUCUGAGUCGGGGGUGAGGGGGUCGCGGGGGGAGCCAGGCCCAGGGCUCAACCCCACUUGGCUGCCCCAGGGAGUGGACCUCCGGCGGGGCACUGUCCCUUCAGACGACCCCCGGAGCAGGAUCAGGGUGCCCUCCGAUGCCUCUCGCUCCAACCGAGCCCCACUGGACGUUGACUCGCACGCCAGGCUAUCGGCCAUAGAUCUGGAGAGACGGAGCAGACUGCCCUCUGACGUGUCGGAGAGGAAAGGAGGGUCACUACCGAGAGGACUUGCUCCGGAGGACUGGAAGCACCGGAGAGAGGGGAAAGAGGACAAGAGAGAGGGGAAAGAGGACAAGCGAAGUCCACUGGUGUCCGCUUUCGCCCCAGGCCCCACCCCAGACCCUGACUCCGCCUUUAACUCCUCUUCCUCCCGGAGAGCUCAGCCUCCUGCCAAACAGGCCAUGCUCCCUCCCAAGGGCCAACCCACCACCACCUCCUUCAUGGAGCCUGGCCGGACCUCCACCCCACCUUCCUCCUCCUCCUCCUCUACUUCCUCCACCACCUCUGCAAUAGCGGUGGCCAAGCCACCCAGGACUGUUUCCCUGGUCAUCAGUGAUGACCCUCCUCCCAGCCCCGUCCCCCCUGCGCGGUUCAGCCAUGUACCCCCAUCCUUCAUCCCGGGAGAGUUGGCCACCCCUCCCCCUGUACCCCCCCCCAUGCCAAGCAGCCACCUGUGCUCUCCACCCACUCCGCCCAAGAGGAUGACCCCCGUCACCAAGAGCCUCUCCGACGACCCGUCCCUUGAGGCAGAGACCUCCUUCCCAUCUAGUUCUGCCCCUGUUCCAGUCCCCAUACCUACUGUCUCUAAGGAUCCUCCCAGCCCCACCACAGAGCCACCCAACCACCCCCCAGCCUCAGUCCCAGCCAUCCCCCUGCACAUCCUGAUCCAGCGGGCCCUGUGCUCCCCCCAGCCCGGCCCAGACCUGAGGAUGAUGACUUCAACAUGGAGGAGGAGUUGGAGAAGCUUCACCCCAGGCGGAUGCUGCCCUCCCAGCCCCCCCAGGCAGCCUGAGCUGGAGCCCAGGAGCAGAAGGGUUCUGAUGGGGGAACCCAGGGUCAGUGUGAUCCCAGAGGGCCGGGGGCACGGAGACAGCAGUGAGGAGGAUGAAGAUGAGGAGACGGACUCUGACGGACCCAUCCUCUACAGAGAUGACGAUGAAGACGAGGACGAAGAUCCACCAAGUGCCUUGGCGAGCCGUGUGACGAGGAAGGACACCCUGGCCCUGAAGCUGGAGAGACAGCAGGAGAGAGCGGAGCAGGAGGGAGGAGAAGGACAGGACGGAGUCGGCUGGCAGAGCAGAGAGCAGUGGGAGGAACUCAGGAACAAGAUCGGUACUACACUCAACAGGAGGUUGAGUCAGAGACCCACAGCAGAGGAGUUGGAGCAGAGAAACAUCCUUCCAGCCAGGAACGAAGCUGAUAUCAGGGCAGAGAGGAGCGAGAUCAAACGCAGACUAACGAGAAAGCUGUCCCAGAGGCCCACCAUAGCAGAGCUUCAGGCCAGGAAGAUCCUGCGUUUCCAUGAGUACGUAGAGUGUACCACAACUCAAGACUACGACCGCCGUGCAGACAAACCCUGGACCAAGCUCACGCCCUCUGAUAAGGCUGCCAUCCGCAAGGAACUUAAUGAGUUCAAGAGCUCUGAGAUGGAGGUUCAUGAAGAGAGCAGGAUCUAUACCAGAUUCCAUCGGCCUUAGCUGUGCUCCCUGGCCUGGCUGCAAAAGAAGUUAAAUGCAAUACGGAGCCGGGGGUUUGCAGGACUCUAAUAUGGAACGCACAGACCCCCUGGUGACUGCAAUACCCACAUUCCCUUGUUAUGGAACAAGCCUAUUCCUCUCCCGGAAGGCACAGUAUUGAUGGCUGUAUCUGAAACCAUGGCCUAUCUGUGACCAUGGACUAUGAAUUUGUGGAUGUGGUUCCUUGGUCAAUCCAGUCAUUGUUGAAGCCACGGAAUAGAGGUGAGUCCCAUCGGUCCAAGCCCUCAGAUAUGAAACCAUGGGGCUACUGGUACUACUGUACUGCAGCGUUGAGCUUCCUGACAAGAUGACCCAUGGGGGAGCAGGGGGAGAACAACAGAGGUGGUGGUUUAGGCCUCUUUCAGAGGACAUUUUGUUACUUCCCUGUGCCAACACUGUGACUUACGAUAGGAAUGACAAAAGGGACAGAGAUUGACAGAGAAUGUCCUGUUUUGUUCAUCACAUCUACAUUCUUUGUCGCUACCUAAGGUAAGAAUAUUCUGCCUUCUGCACCUGCUUUUUAGACUUCCCUCAACACUUUGCCAUAUUUUGAUUUCAGAAGAGGAAAGAAUUGUAUACGCAUGAAUUGUUGAUCAUGUUGAUGGUUGACAUUCAUACACGGUGGUACUAAUGAUUUAAUGUCCAAAUAAAUGAGAUACUGAACUUUGUUAGACUACAUGACACUGGUGAAACCCUCCAACGUGUGUGUGUGUGUGUACCCACUGGUACUAGCCUUAUCGCUGUUGGGACAAUACAUGGAGGGGUAUGAAAACUGUACAGAGGAAAUGGCUAUAUGUAGUCUACAUAUAUCAGUGACGGGUUUAGUUAAAGGAAACUCAAAUGUAGCAUCAACUAGUCCGCUUACUAGCUGUUUUACAUAGACCUAGAUCUUAUUCAACAGCUCCAUUCUCCCCAUACACAAUGAUGUGCAUUUUUACUGUAUUCUGUACAUUUUCUGACAGCCAAUAAUACAAGCUAACUAAUUGUUUUUUCAGGCAUAGUAAUAAGGCACCAUAUUGUUAAAAUGGGAAUUUAAAGUAAAAAAAUUUAAUUGUACAAUUUGAAACAUUAGAAUAAUUGAAUAAGACCUAACAAAGCUUACAUGCGCUAUAAUUAUUUCACGGAGGGUGUUGAAGGCCUGCAGCAGGAACAUGGAUAUAUUUUUACUUAAACAUGUUUUUAUUAUGUUACUUUGUAUGUAGGCCAAUGGUUGGCCUCAGCUGUAUAAACUUAUCCUGUAGAUUUGACUUUAUAUUAAAUACUGCAUGGUCUUCCUAAUGUUAACACAAAUGUAUUUUAAAUGUAAUUAAAGUAUUACAACAGUGCUAUUUUCUAAUAAUAUUACAGAAAUUGGUACAGAAAAAGCGUCCCCUUAUUUUGCAGAUGUUUUUUAUGAAGAGAUCUUUAAAAUUAUUUGCAAACCUAUUGUAUAAAUGAAUGGUCAACUUGCACUCAAAUUAAAAUAAAUGGUUUAUCAUGAA